GGGAGGGGCGCGGCGGGGCAGGGAGGGCCUGCCGGGCACGGGGCUCAGAGAGGGCAGCGGGCCGCCCUUUCCGCCCCUGAAGCUGCAGCCGCCCCGUCGUCCGGGGAGCAGCCCUGAUGAUGCUUCCUGACCCCUGAGCGCGGCCGGCCGGGCUCCCGCGGUUCGCCUUCCGCCGCCGUCCAGCCUGUCCCAAGCUCCUGGCCUCUGAGCCAGGCGGGGCGGUGCCGGGUGCGGGGUGGUAAGGGGAGGCCGAGGGGAUCCGGCAGCGGAGUGCGAGGACCAGACGCCCCAGCGAUGACCAGUUCCCCUGUCUCCAGAGUCGUCUACAACGGCAAGAGGAACAGUAGCCCCCGCUCUCCCCCCAACAGCAGCGAGAUCUUCACCCCGGCCCACGAGGAGAAUGUGCGCUUCAUUUACGAAGCCUGGCAGGGCGUGGAGCGGGACCUGCGCAGCCAGAUGUCGGGCAGCGAGCGGGGCCUGGUGGAGGAGUAUGUGGAGAAGGUCCCUAACCCCAGCCUGAAGACCUUCAAGCCCAUCGACCUGAGCGACCUGAAACGCCGGAACACGCAGGACGCCAAGAAGUCCUAAGGCGCGCCGGUGCGCCUCCCCUGGCCUCUGGGAGAUCUGGGUGCUGGCCUCCUCCUCUCCUGUGGGCCCACCUCCUGGGAGGGGGAGGGGGCCUUGCUCCCAGUGGGCUGAAAACCCCAGGAACAGGACAUGAUUGAUGGCCGAGGCCUGCCCCUCCUCCCUGAGUCCCCUCCUUUCCUCUUGGGGGAUCUCAAGCUACCCCCGACACUAGGGGGGCUUGGGCCCAGCCAGCCCCUGCCCUCCCGUGGGCCUAGGUGGCUCUUUUGAGCUGCCUGGCCCUGCCUGCCCCCCAGGGCCUUGACCCUGACUCCCUUCACCUUCCCCUGCCCCCACCCCCCUACCCCUGGCCACUUCCAGGAUCAGGAGGGAAACGAGGGGGCCUUUGUUGUCUCCUGUGCUGGUGGGAUUGGGCUGGAUUAGCUCCUGAGGUGGCCAGGAGGCAGGACAAGGGUGAUCCCACCCAUGCCUAGCAUGGGUCCCCCACCGACCCCUGCUGUGUCUCUGGCCUGGACACAGGGAGUGUCUGACCCCUCACCCCACUCUCCAACCUGGCCCCUUCCUUCUCUGUGUCAGCUUCAGGAUGGCACCAGCUGUCUGGGCCUGGGACACUGCUGGGUGCCCCCUCCAAGGGUCUUGGGCAGCCAGGCCUGGCCCCCCCUGGGGAAGGGGCAUGGGGCUGGCCUGAGCUGGUGAGGCUGCCCAGUGGGUCCUGCCCUGUGCGGUGAGUUGGGAGGGUCUUCAGGGCCAUUUUUUCUUCCUGUGCCCUCCAAAUCCAAGUGUCUGACUGGAACCUGAGGACGAGUGAAUAAAGGCGGGGUGGCAUUGGCUUGGC